AGCAUUCGAGACGCGGAGAUCCCGUGCGUAGGCUUGGGAGUGCAGGGGCCGCCGCGAGGGGCCCGGGAAAGCCCAGUUAUAAGGCCCGUGCGGAGGCCGACCCGAGGGCCCCCUCGGAGCGGUGGCGCGGAGCGUCGCGUUCCGCGCUGCGGGAUAACUGCGUCGGGCGGCCGGCCGGGCCUAGCAGGGGAGCCUCGGAGCGGCGGGCGGACCACCUCGGGGGCGCUGGGUCCGCGCUGCAGCCCCACGCUCGGCGAGUUCGUGCGGAAUCGCGUCCUGGCGUUGGACUGGAGGCUGAGCCAGGUGUCUGGAGCGUGGGAGUGACCCUCAGAUUCCCAAUUUACGCGGAAUAGCGACGAGCCACGCUCCAGCUGUACUCUAUUAAAUAUUACCAAAAGGGCCUGUCACCCGUGCUGUUAUAGAUAUUCUGGUGAAGAAUACAGAAUCAACAUGGCUUUCCUUUGCUCAGAAGCCAUUGAUGGGAAGUGAGCUCUUGUUAAACUUGAAGAUUUUCAGUGAAUGGACCUGACUGGACUCUUUGAGCACAUCAAUAAACAUGAGCGGUACCAAACCUGAUAUAUUGUGGGCACCACACCAAGUUGAUAGAUUUGUCGUAUGUGACUCUGAACUGAGCCUUUAUCAUGUGGAAUCUACUGUGAAUUCAGAGCUCAAAGCUGGAUCUUUACGUUUAUCUGAAGACUCUGCAGCUACAUUACUAUCAAUAAAUUCAGAUACGCCUUAUAUGAAAUGUGUAGCCUGGUAUCUCAAUUAUGAUCCUGAAUGUCUCCUAGCAGUUGGACAAGCAAAUGGUCGAGUUGUACUUACAAGUCUUGGUCAAGAUCAUAACUCAAAAUUCAAAGAUUUGAUAGGAAAAGAAUUUGUUCCAAAACAUGCACGGCAAUGUAAUACCCUUGCAUGGAAUCCAUUGGAUAGUAAUUGGCUUGCCGCUGGGUUAGAUAAACAUAGAGCUGAUUUUUCAGUGCUGAUUUGGGAUAUUUGCAGCAAAUAUACUCCCGAUAUAGUUCCCAUGGAGAAAGUGAGACUUUCAGCAGGUGAAACUGAAACAACAUUAUUAGUAACAAAACCUCUUUAUGAAUUAGGACAAAAUGAUGCUUGUCUCUCUCUUUGUUGGCUUCCACGAGACCAGAAACUUCUCCUUGCUGGUAUGCAUCGUAACUUAGCCAUAUUCGAUCUUCGGAAUACGAGCCAAAAGAUGUUUGUAAAUACAAAAGCUGUUCAGGGGGUGACAGUAGACCCCUACUUCCAUGAUCGUGUUGCUUCCUUCUAUGAAGGUCAGGUUGCAAUAUGGGAUCUAAGGAAAUUUGAGAAGCCAGUUUUGACUUUGACUGAGCAACCAAAGCCCUUAACAAAAGUAGCAUGGUGUCCAACUAGGACUGGUCUGCUUGCCACUUUGACAAGGGAUAGUAACAUUAUUAGAUUAUAUGAUAUGCAGCACACACCCACUCCCAUUGGAGAUGAAACUGAACCCACAAUAAUUGAAAGAAGUGUGCAACCUUGUGAUAAUUACAUUGCUUCCUUUGCUUGGCAUCCAACAAGUCAAAAUCGAAUGAUAGUUGUAACUCCCAACCGAACAAUGUCUGACUUCACUGUUUUUGAAAGGAUAUCUCUUGCCUGGAGCCCAAUUACAUCUUUAAUGUGGGCUUGUGGUCGUCAUUUGUAUGAAUGUGCAGAAGAAGAGAAUGACAAUUCUUUAGAAAAAGAUAUAGCAACGAAAAUGCGCCUUCGGGCUUUAUCCAGGUACGGACUUGAUACAGAGCAGGUAUGGAGAAACCAUAUUUUAGCUGGAAAUGAAGACCCGCAGCUCAAGUCACUCUGGUAUACCCUGCACUUUAUGAAACAAUAUACAGAAGAUAUGGAUCAGAAGUCUCCAGGAAACAAAGGCUCAUUGGUUUAUGCAGGAAUUAAAUCAAUUGUAAAAUCAUCUUUGGGAAUGGUGGAAAGCAGCAGACAUAAUUGGAGCGGUUUGGAUAAGCAAAGUGAUAUUCAGAAUUUAAAUGAAGAGAGAAUCUUAGCUUUACAGCUUUGUGGGUGGAUUAAGAAAGGAACGGAUGUAGAUGUAGGGCCAUUUUUGAAUUCCCUUGUACAAGAAGGGGAGUGGGAGAGAGCCGCUGCUGUGGCAUUGUUCAACUUGGAUAUUCGACGAGCAAUCCAAAUCCUGAAUGAAGGGGCAUCUUCAGAAAAAGGUGAUCUGAAUCUCAAUGUGGUAGCAAUGGCUUUAUCGGGAUAUACGGAUGAGAAAAACUCCCUUUGGAGAGAAAUGUGCAGCACUCUACGACUACAAUUAAAUAACCCGUAUCUGUGUGUCAUGUUUGCAUUUCUGACAAGUGAGACAGGAUCUUAUGAUGGAGUAUUGUAUGAAAACAAAGUUGCUGUACGUGACAGAGUGGCAUUUGCUUGUAAAUUCCUUAGUGAUAGUCAGUUAAAUAGAUAUAUUGAAAAGUUGACCAACGAAAUGAAAGAGGCUGGAAAUUUGGAAGGAAUACUGCUUACAGGCCUUACUAAAGAUGGAGUGGACUUAAUGGAGAGUUAUGUCGAUAGGACUGGAGAUGUCCAAACAGCAAGUUACUGCAUGUUGCAGGGUUCUCCUUUAGAUGUCCUUAAAGAUGAAAGAGUUCAGUACUGGAUUGAGAAUUAUAGAAAUUUAUUAGAUGCCUGGAGGUUUUGGCACAAACGAGCAGAGUUUGAUAUUCACAGGAGUAAGUUGGAUCCCAGUUCUAAGCCUUUAGCACAGGUGUUUGUGAGUUGCAAUUUUUGUGGCAAGUCGAUCUCCUACAGCUGUUCAACGGUGCCUCAUCAGGGCAGAGGUUUUAGUCAGUAUGGUGUCAGUGGUUCACCAACAAAAUCCAAAGUCACAAGUUGCCCUGGCUGUCGAAAACCCCUUCCUCGAUGUGCACUUUGCCUCAUUAAUAUGGGAACACCUGUUUCUAGCUGUCCUGGAGGAUCCAAAUCAGAUGAAAAAGUAGACUUGAGCAAGGAUAAAAAAUUAGCUCAAUUUAACAACUGGUUCACAUGGUGUCACAAUUGCAGGCAUGGUGGACAUGCUGGUCAUAUGCUUAGUUGGUUCAGGGACCAUGCAGAGUGUCCCGUUUCUGCAUGCACAUGUAAAUGUAUGCAGUUGGAUACAACAGGAAAUCUGGUACCUGCAGAGACUGUCCAGCCAUAAAAUGUUAUCAUCUAAAGAGAAACCUUCAAGUGUGGAGCUUUCUAAUAGAUGUCCUUCAUAGCUCAAAAACGUACCUCAGAGCAAGUCACUCAUGACUUUCCUGUAAUGGGAAAAUAAAUCAUUCUAUCAAAUCAGCAA